AUGUCCCUCUCUUACGAGGAAUAUUUGGGGAUCAUCCUGGUUUCUUUUGCCCUGUUUUUCUCCAUCAUCACAGCUUCUGUGUUAGGAAUCUUCAUCAAAAACCAAGAGACUCCACUGGUCAAAGCCAACAACCGGGGCCUCUCCUACAUCCUUCUCGUCUCCCUCCUGCUUUCCUUCUUCUCUUUUUUCCUCUUCAUCGGCCGGCCAAGGAAAGCCCCCUGCCUCCUCCGACAAACGGCCUUCAGCAUCAUCUUCUCCAUUGCCGUCUCUUCGGUGUUGGCCAAAACCAUCACGGUGGUGCUGGCCUUCCUGGCCACCAAGCCCGGGAACAGAGCCAGGAGGUGGUUGGGGAAGAGUCUGGCCAACGCCAUUGUCCUUUCUUGCUCCGGUGGUCAAAUGGUCAUCUGCUCCAUCUGGUUGGGGACCUCUCCUCCAUUCCCGGAUGCUGACGUGUACUCCCAGCCUGGGGAGAUCACCCUGCAAUGCAACGAGGGGUCUGUGGCCAUGUUCUACUCCGCCCUCGGCUACCUGGGCUUCCUGGCUGCCGUCUGCUUCACGGUGGCCUUCCUGGCCAGGAAGUUGCCCGGGGCCUUCAACGAGGCCAAGCUGAUCACCUUCAGCAUGCUGGUCUUCUGCAGCGUUUGGGCAUCUUUUGUCCCUACCUACCUGAGCACCAGAGGCAAGUUCAUGGUGGCCGUGCAGGUCUUCUCCAUCUUGGCCUCCAGCGCUGGCCUCCUGGGCUGCAUCUUCAUCCCCAAGUGCUACAUUAUGGUCCUCAGGCCUCACCUGAACACCAAAGAGCAUUUGAAAGAUGCGGGUCCUAAAAUUCUCAAUAACUGCAGUGUCCAUUUCAUCUGGUCAACCUGGUGGACCCUGAAUGAACAAUGUGCUCCUCAUCGGCCUGAUGGGUUUGUCCAUCCGACUUCCCAACCCUUUGAAAAUGCUGCCGUCUGCUUCACGGUGGCCUUCCUGGCCAGGAAGUUGCCCGGGGCCUUCAACGAGGCCAAGCUGAUCACCUUCAGCAUGCUGGUCUUCUGCAGCGUUUGGGCGUCUUUUGUGCCCACCUACCUGAGCACCAGAGGCAAGUUCAUGGUGGCCGUGCAGGUCUUCUCCAUCUUGGCCUCCAGCGCUGGCCUCCUGGGCUGCAUCUUCAUCCCCAAGUGCUACAUUAUUGUCCUCAGGUCUCACCUGAACACCAAAGAGCAUCUCAAAAAUUGA